CUUAGGAAUGGUUUUCGAGCGUGUGCCCGCUGAGCCCGCUGAUGUUUCGAUUCUUGGCACACCGCUGACGUUUCGCAAUCACCGCAAAGCAAAAAAUCGUUUUCUCAAAGCUGCUUUGUCAGAAAGGCUCGCGACGUGGGAUUAUGAAGAUCUUUCCAAAAGAGGAAUUCCAACACAAGAGCUGAUUAACAUCUAUGAUAAAUGGGGAAAUAGUGGAUAUGGCGUCAUUCUCACGGGAAAUGUUGCUGUUGAGCCAAGAAAUUUGGAAAAUGCUGGAAAUAUGAUUAUAAGCAGAGAAAAUGACUCGCCCGAUCUAAGAAAGGUUUACUCGGAACUGGCAACGGCUUCCAAGCAAGAUGGAGCACUUGUAGUCAUGCAAAUUACACAAGCCGGUAGACAAACUCCGCUAGCAGUAAAUGAAUAUCCGUACUCUAGCUCAGACGUGCAAUUAGUGGGUCCCGGAAUACAGUGUGGCAAACCGAUACCCUUAGCUUUGGAUCAGAUCAAAACCGAAGUCAUUGAUCGAUUUGUUUAUGCUUCCAAAGUGGCAUACGAGACAGGAUAUGACGGGGUGCAGCUUCAUGGUGCCCAUGGUUAUUUGCUUUCGCAAUUCCUUUCCCCUACCACGAACAAGAGAACUGACAGAUAUGGCGGAUCAAUAGAGAACAGAGUUCGAAUAAUUGUAGAGAUUUUCGAAGCGAUCAGAUACGCGAGAUCUUUCCCUACGAUUCCACCGGCGACGGGAUUCAUUGUAGGAAUCAAAAUUAACUCGGUUGAAUUCCAAGCUGAAGGACUGACUACAGACGACGCUAAAGCCGCUUGUGCAAUCUUGGAGGAGUGUGGUUUCGAUUUCGUAGAGCUUUCUGGUGGAACUAUGGAAAAGAUAGGAUUCCAACAUAUGCGCGAAUCCACAAAGAAGCGCGAAGCAUUCUUCCUCGACUUUGCAGAGCAGAUUCGUCCAGUCUUCAAAGAAACUAUCGUGUACGUCACUGGUGGAUUCCGCACAGCGAAAUGCAUGGCAAACUCCAUCGAAAGCGGUAUUACGGAUGGGGUAGGCUUAGGAAGGCCUGCCACAGCUGAGCCAGAUUUGCCGCGAAAAAUCUUGGAAGAGAGUUGCCUUUCCGCCCCCGAUACAAAAAUUGAUCAAAGCGACUUCAAAAUCACACUCAUGGCUAGUUUUGCACAAAUGGGACAAAUGGGAAAAUUACCCAUGCGCUUUUUGAACAAUGUAUGCGAGGGCAUCGCAGAUCUCAGCAACCCCGAAGAAUCACAAAAUUUCCAGAAAGAGCUUGGAGCUUAUUUUAAAUGGAUGAUGGAACGUACGGCUGCCAGGAAGCCCAUUUAUGGAGUAUUUCAGUAUAAGAAUUUGUUUUAAUGCAGUAUGAUUCGAUGUGUUCAGCCAACACCGUUUAGAUGUAGCAUUUAUGAUUGAAGUACUAUACUCAUAGUAAAGCAAAUGUUUAGCUCUUACCACGGAGUUAUUUUUAGCUUCACCUUAUCUGACUUUCAUAUCAAAUAUUUGGGCUUCAUAUGCCUCUUUUUGUAGAGCAUUCAAAGUAGAGAGAAUACGACGCGUAGUGGUAUGUCAUGAUGUUGACCAUCCUAUGUAUCUUCUACCUAAGUGACUUCCAUUCCGAAUGUAGAAUAAAUUUUCGUGAUUACUCUUCCUGAGCAC